AUCUGUAGCGUGUCCGCCGUAUCCUGCUGACCUUGCUUCUCGGGACGACGGAGAUGAGUGAGUUCCCUCUUGCUGGUGCAGCUGCGGCUGGCACCAAGGGAGGGCCCAAAGGAGAUGCCGGCAAUACGCAGGUACACGGACGCAUGACAGUUUCCGAUCUGCUUGUCCGUACAAAUACCAUAUCUGUUGGUGUUGGUAGGUUGGUGCUCGUCUUGUGUGUGACGACGGGCAUCUUAUGGUUCGCGGCGACGACUACGAUGCAUGGAGCAACGCGACAGUGCCGCAACAGGCCGACAAACUGGUGAGCGCACACAGUGAGGACACAGACAGGCAGAGGGGCGCGGUUGAUGUGUGGUUUUGGUCUCUCCAGGGCGCUGCGUUGAAGACGGCUCACAUCGUUGCCGGCAAGAAGCAUGUCGUCCCAUUCCUGGGUGGGUACACAUUCAACACACCACCAGCGCCGCUCACCAUUGCCCCCGCCACACACAUGACUGUAGGCAAGUGCCUGGAGGGUAGCUGUAGCACACUGACGUCGGUCAAGAUAGAGGGCGAGAGCGAUAGAGAGGAGCGCGAGUACGAGGCAGAGGAGGGCACUUCCCCUUUGGUAUUCGAGCACGUCAAGACCCUCACCGUCACCAGCGAGCCGUGGCUGGAACACAUUGGGUGCGUGGGUGGGGCUGGCGUGGGCUGGCUGCAGGAGUCUGUAUGGGAGUGUGCACAUCCAUCCAUCGUGUCUCGUGUGUGUGUGUGUGCUGUCCUUUCAGUCGCCGUCUGUGGGUGUUCCCCAAUCUGACGCAGCUCCACGUGGGCACCAUCUCGGCCACCAACACCGCCUUCACCGCAAUGUGCGAGAUCGUCAAGGCCGCCCCCGCCCUCACCUCACUCGACGCAGACCACAUCAACUUCACAUCGUCCAAACACUGGCGCACAUUCCUGGUCAGUGGUGGAAGACACAAUGAAUGCGCACAUAAACUGUGACCUGAGUGCACUCUGUCUUUCCUUCUGCCAUCUGUGUGUGUGUGGUGUGCAGUGCUGCAUCGCCCGUUGUCCUAUGCUGACGACCAUCACGGGCCUGACCAUCUCAGCGCACCCUGGUGCGGGCGGCAUGAAGGCCGGUGUUGCUGAGGAGGGUGUACUGGGUCACUGCCCCUACCUGACCACCACGUCGGGCAUCGCCAUGGAUGUGGCCGCCACCGUCGAGGACACCAUCGACCUCUGUGGCCUCAAGCAGGCACUCGACGCAAACUGGACCAAAGACGACAUGAAAGGUGCGUUCGUAUACAUGGGUGCACAAGAGAACCGCCAGACAAAGUGUGUCUGUGUUCGUGUCGGCGUCAGGCAAGGCCAAGAAGCUGGGCCUCGUCUACGAGCCGACGAUAGGAGUGGCGUACGGCGCGAGCGAGGCCGCCUUCAUCUCGUGGGCGCAGGGCGUGUGUGAGGUCGACUGGCGCUCCAACAGCCUGGCCAUUGACUGCAGCAAGACACCCACCGACACCACACAGAUGACCACCGCCGUGCCACACAACGUCGGCAAAGUAGUCAAGGACAUCGCACACAGCGUCAAACAGGUGAGGGACCUACCGACACACACACACACACACACAUACACACACACGCCCGCCCGCCCGCCCUGACAGACAGGAGAGGCGAAAACAGGCUCUCGGCCCGCUCUCCCUCUGUGUGUGUAGGUAUACGUUUCGUGUGGCGGGACGGCAGUCGGCGAGUGCUGGCAGGACAUCCUGACCUUCCCGGCGUGCGACGAGCUGCACAUCAGCGGCAAGGGCGCAUCGGGCGACGGCGUGGCCAACAGCGUGCCCGACUGGAUGGUGCACAAGGGCGAGAACGGCAACAACCGCUGCCUGCCGGCCGUGUCGUCACUUCACGUGCGUUUCGACAAGCUGACGGCCGAGUGGUCGCCGGGCGGGGGAAAGUUGUCCCAGCUGAUGGGGGGGCUACAUUCUGUGCAGUGCGUGUCCCUGACCUCCGACCGCCUCACCGCUGCCUGCGACUGCCUGUCAUUCCUCUCUGCUGACAAACGCCCUCUGGAGAAUGUCCUCCUGUCGCUGCCCUCUGACGUGCAGGGGCUGCCCGAUCCCAUAAGCAGUCCGACGGAUCGCUGGCAGUUCCCGGCCAUCGCUCAUUUGACGGUGACUGCUGGGGUGGGCAAGGCGUGUGUGCAGUCAGGCCUGCAUGCCGUGCCAGUUAUUGGCGCGUCGUGCGUCGAUUUCGAGGGCGUCGUGUUUGUCAAUGAGUUUUCCGACGCUGUGUUGGGCAUGAAGGCGUUUGCCCUGGAUUGCUUCACCCAGGUGCAGGAGGUGUACGGCCUCACGCACAUGGAGUGUCGCAAGAGCGGCCCGCAUGCCGUCCUCAAGAUGAAACUCUUCCGCAAGACAGAGGGGCAGAACUAGACUGACACGCCACACACCACACACGCACUCGUUUCGUGUGGAUUAGUGUAGGAGGGGCCACGGAGGGAGAGGGAGGGAGGGAGGGAGGGAGGGAGGAGGGUCAUUUAUCGACAUGCAUUCUUGUUUGGAUGGAUGGAUGGAUGGAUGCGUGUGCGGUGGCUAGCUGUCUAAUUCAUGACACGGCACGGCUCAGCGAGAUGACCAUGGGUAUUUUUCUGUGGACUGCGGGGUUCCUUUAUCCACGGGAGG